AUGGAGAUGUGCUGCAUGGAGGUCUUGGUUGCGCGUAAACGAACGGUGUGCUGUGACAACCUGAUGGUCCUUCUUACUGCCGACAAGCAAUCAACGAUGCAACUUGCGAUGGUGAGAACAAAUGUUGCGGUAUCUGCGCCUCAUUCAAUGACUCGUGCGCUCACAAGUGUUGCGCCGCAGACCCUUGCUGCCCGCCGUGGGGACAUCCUUUUUCUCGAGAUGGAAGAACAGGCUUUUUUUAUUAACAAAGAGAAGGAUCACUUAGAUUAA